AUGUUGUCCUCAGCGGUAGUGCUGUUGGGGGGCCUCAUUAGCCUUACCAGUGCCCAGUUUCCACCGAAGCCGGAGGGGGUCAAAGUGCUGAAGUCUAGAUUUCACGAAAAUGUGACCAUCUCGUAUAAGGAGCCAGGGAUCUGCGAAACGACUCCCGGCGUCCGAAGUUACGCGGGCUAUGUUCAUCUCCCGCCCGGGACUCUCGAAGAAGGGACCGGCGAGCCGCAGGACUAUCCAAUCAACACAUUCUUCUGGUUCUUUGAGGCUCGAAAAGCGCCUGAAAAUGCCCCGCUAGCUAUCUGGCUAAACGGUGGCCCUGGCGCCUCUUCCAUUAUGGGACUGCUUGAGGAAAACGGCCCUUGUCUAGUCAACGAAGACUCCAAAACUACGCGGCUCAAUCCGUGGAGUUGGAACAACGAAGUUAACAUUCUUUACAUUGACCAGCCCAACCAGGUAGGCUUCUCAUACGACAUCCUCACAAACAUAACCGUGCACAAGAACGAGGAUGGCUUCAUACAGGCGUACCCCGCGGAUUUCAGCGAAGGGGUCCCUGAUGGUAACUGGACAUACCGAUACGGAACAACGUCCAGUCAACAAAUCAACCAGACAGCCAGCACGACAGCCCAGGCUGCUCACGCCCUUUGGCACUUUGCACAGACUUGGUUCUUCGAGUUCCCUUUCUACAAGCCGAUUGAUGACCGCGUGAGCCUGUGGGGUGAGUCCUACGGCGGACACUACGCACCUGGUAUCUUGAAGCAUUUCCGAACCCAGAACGAGCUGAUUCGGAACGGUUCUUCCACCGAGGAUGGUGCGCAAUACAUCCAUUUGGAUACGUUGGGCAUUGUCAACGGCCUCAUUGAUUUCCUCAUCCAGGGCGAAACUUGGAUUACGUUCCCUUAUAACAACACAUAUGGAAUCCAAGUCUUCAACCAAUCCAUUUAUGAGGAGUUGAUGUACAACUGGACCCGCCCGCAGGGUUGCCGGGAACAGGUCGCCGACUGCCAAGACGCGCUCAAGAGACACGGCCCGCUAUUCGCAAACGACCACAAGAGGAACUACACGGAGAUCUGUGGGGGAGUCAGCCAAGACUGUUUGUUUAACGCUGUGUCGCUGUACCAGUCGAUGGAUAAUGGCUGGUAUGAUAUCGGCCAUCCCAAGCACGACCCUUUUCCAGCCCCGCACCUCUAUGGGUAUCUCCUAGAAAGUGAGAUCUUGUCUUCACUCGGCGUGCCGGUUAACUAUUCAGAAGCAUCGGGAGCCGUGGGUAAAGCUUUUGAUUCGACUUAUGACAUAAUCCUGGGCGGGUUCAGGGAGUCCAUUGGAUACCUCCUCGAUAACGGAGUCAAGGUUCACUUGAUGUACGGCGAUCGCGACUAUGCCUGCAACUGGGCCGGUGGCGAAAAAGCAAGCCUCGCGGUGCCCUACAAGCACUCCGAGGAGUUUGCCAACGCCGGCUACGCACCGCUCGUAACGCCGGACGGUAUCACGGGAAUGACGCGGCAGUUUGGCAACUACAGCUUCUCGCGAGUGUACCAGGCCGGGCAUGAAGUGCCGUCGUACCAGCCCGUGACGGCGUACGAAAUAUUUAUGCGGGCGACAUUUAACCGCGACAUUGCCACCGGUCUAAUUCCCGUAACUGAUAAGUUAUCGACGAUCGGGCCUAAAGAUAUCUGGCACAUCAAGAACGUGCCGCCGCAGAGACCCGAGCCGACAUGCUACGUGCUCAAACCCGACACCUGCACGCCUGAAGAGUGGGAAAAGUUGGAGAAUGGCACGGCGCUGGUGAAAGAUUACUUUGUGAUUGGGGAUGUUUCUGAAAAUGAUGACGCCAGAACCACUGAGGGUGCUGCGGUGGAAGAGCAGCAGGUCUUUGAGGAGCUGUAA